UGCAGCCCAGUGUUGCCACGUCCUUGCACUCGAUACUCGAUACGCGUGCGAAAAAUUGGAAACAUACGAAUGCGCGGGAAUAUUUGAAUCCCAAGUGUAGGAACGCGAUGCAGCAGAUCGCACGGAUGAUCGAAUGUCCUUGUACGCUAGUGAUUACCGUGUAUCACCAACUGGUCUGCAUUCAUAUCCCGAACGUGAUUUGACUCAGAUAGUAGGAAUAGCAAAUAUCAGCAAACAUGGAGCCAAUUGCACAUCUCGUCAAGAUAUCUAUUCCUAAUUAUUUAUCUGGAUUGCCGAUUCCAGAUUCUAUAGGAGGAUGGUUCCGGCUAGGAAUACGAGACUGGAUAUCUUUAAUUCCACCAACUGCCAUGCUAGGUGGCAUCGGUUAUAUGUCCUACAAAGCAUUUUGUCCGUUAGCAAGAGGACCGCCGUGCGGACGUGUUAACCACACGAUUAAAAAAGAUGUGGCUAAAGUAGUAGAUUCUGUUGAUAUAGAAGAUAUAACCGAGAAGGCUGUGUUCUGUCGCUGUUGGAGAUCUAAAAAUUGGCCGUAUUGCGAUGGAUCUCACGGACCUCACAAUCAAGAGCAAGACGACAAUGUGGGUCCCCUUAUAGUUGCAAAGAAGAAAGCUUAAUGAAUAUCGCUGGGUUCACAAAUGUCAUUGUAUGUAUAUAUAUAUAUACUUGCCAUUUACAAUGUCAUCGAUAAUUUACACAAAUAUUCCUUCAACCAACAUUGUAGACAUCUCAUAGAGGAGAGAGGUAUGUGCUAAAUACGCAUAUAUUAAUUGAGCUUCGAAACUAAAGAAACGAUACGAUCUACCAAAUGCAAAAUAUGUAUUUGUUACCUGUACCUAUUUUUUAGAAUGUGAUUUAAACAAAUUUAUAAAUAAAUAUAUUGUUGCGCAAA